AUUUCCUUGUUAUUACUUCCUUACCUUAUCAUCUCUCAUACUACCUUCUUACCUUACUAUCUCUCAUAUCACUUCCUUACUCUCUUAUUCCUCACAUUACCUCAUUACUCUCAUAUCUCUCCCCUUAUUUUCCCACUUAUCUCUCUUACCCUAUUAUUACUCACAUCAGUUUAUUACUCACCCUUACUUAGCUAUAGUCAUUAUAUAGUUACUUACCUUAUUAUUACUUAUUUACUUAUUACUUAUUACCUAUAUUACCCUCUUAUUUCUUACUUACCUUAUUAUUACCUAUAUUACCCUCAUAUCACUUCCUUACUCUCUUAUUCCUCAUAUCACUCUCUUACCUUGUCAUUACCUAUAUUCCCUUAUUACUACUCAUAUCUCUCACCUCUUAUUCCCUCUCCAUUUCUUAUUUCCCUUCCUUAUAUUCCUACCCUAUCACUACUCCACUUCCUUACCCUACUACUCAUAUUCCCUAUAUCCCGUAUUAUUCCUUAUCCCUCUUACCUUCCCUACUUAUCUAUUUUACUUCUUACCUUAUUACUUAUUUAG